AUGGGCGGUGUCAUAUCUUCUUUCUCAGGCAGUAGCGGUGAAGACUCCAUCGCCGCGCGACAGGCGCUCGAGAAGAAGCUCGCCGACCGGGAAGAGACCAUCUCGGUCCUCGAGGAGGACCUCAGCAAGAAGGAGAGGGAGUGCACAACAGUUUCUCAGGAUGUCGACGACCUGAGGAAAAAGAUCAAGGAGCUCGAGGCUCAGUCCUCGUCGGCUCUCGACGAGACCCACGCUCGCAUCGCCAUCCUGCAGGACGAGCUCAAGAAGGGCGGUGACACAUCUUCCGAGCAGCUUCGCAGCACCAAGGAAGCCGCCUCCAAGAGCGCCCAGGACCUCGACGCCGCCAAGGCCGAGCUGGUUGCCCUCGAGGACAAGUUCAAGACUCUGGAGCAGGAAAAGCAGUCCAUCGUCGACCAGCUCUCCGCUCUCAAGGCCGAGCUCGCCGAGGUCAAGGAGGCCCGCGAGGCCCUCGAGUCUGCCCUCAACAAGGAGAUUGCCACCCUCAAGGCUCAGAUCACCGAGGCUGAGGAGAAGAACCAGACCCUGCAGCAGGCCCACAGCAAGCUCGAGGGUGACCUCACCGCCGCCUCCAGCGCUGCUGACGAGGGCAAGAAGGCCCUGACAGGCACCGAGGAGAAGUACACCACUCUUCAACAGACUCACGACAAGCUCGAGACCGACCUGGCUGCCGCUGUCUCCGCUCUGGAUGAGCAGAAGAAGGCCUUGGCCGGAUCCGAGGAGAAGUACGCCACCCUGCAGCAGUCUCUCGACAAGCUCAAGGAGGAGUCCGACGCUCAGCUUUCCUCCGCCAAGACCGACCUGGCUCAGGCUGAGGAGAAGACUGCUGCCCUUCAGCAAACACACGACAAGCUCAAGACGGAUUCCGAGAGUGAGCUCUCAUCACUCAAGGCCCAGCUGGCUGAGCUUGCCGAGCUCCAGACCAAGCACGCCGCCCUCGAGCAGACUAACCAGACCCUGGAGAAGGAGCUGGCCGAGCUCAAGGAGAAGGUUGCUUCCCUGGAGAAGAACAACGAGGCACUUAAGAGCGAUUCCUCCGCCGGGCUAGUGGCUGCCCAGAAGGAGGCUUCCGAGUGGCAGGAGAAGCACGGUGCCCUGCAGACCGCCCAUGACGGUCUCUCCAGCGACCUUGAGGCUGCCAAGAAGCAGCUCGCUGACUCCGAGGAGGCCCAGAAGAAGUCCAGCGAGGAGCAAGCCGCUCAAUUGGAGGCCGCCAAGAAGGAGACCGCCGAUGUUCAGGCCAAGCUCACCGCCACGACUGAGGAGCAUGCCGCUCUCGAGAAGAAGCUCGAGGAGCAGGAGGCUAAGCUGAACGACGUCGAGAAGCAAGCGGAGGAGGCCAAGGCCAAUGCUACAAAGGUUGAGGAAGACCUCAAGGCCUCACAGGCGGAAAAGGAAGCCCUCCAGGCCAAGAUUGCUGGCCUCGAGUCUGACUCUCAAAACUCCAAGGAGGCCGAGUCCGGUCUCAAGACCAAGCUUGAGGAGGCCGAGGCCAAGGUUACCAGCCUUGAGGCUGAUGCCGCCAAGGCCAAGGAGACUGAAUCCGAGCUCAAGGCCCAGGUCGAGGCAGCCCAAGCCAAGGUCACCAGCCUCGAGGCUGAGGUCCAACAAGCCAAGGAUGCCGAGGCCGCCUUGAAGACCAAGGUCGAGGAAGCUGAGGCCAAGGCCGCCAGCCUCGAGUCGGAGCUGCAGAAGGCCAAGGACGCCGAAGCUGAGCUCAAGGCCAAGGUUGAGGAGGCCGAGGCCAAGAUCGCCACUCUGGAAGCGGAUGCGCAAAAGUCGACCGACGCCGAGUCCGGCUUGAAGACGAAGCUCGAGGAGGCCCAGGCUGGCCAGACCAGCGCGCAGACCGAGAAGGAGGAGGCUCUUGAGAAGGUCAAGGCUGCCGAGGCUGAGAAGACCGCUGCCGUCGAGAAGGCCGAGGCUGCCGAGAAGGAGAAGGCUGAUGCUAUCGCCAAGGUUGAGGCUUCUGAAAAGGAGGCUUCCGAGGCCACCGGCAAGGCUGAGGCCGCUGAGAAGCAGGCUUCUGAGGCUGCCGAGAAGGCUGAAGCCGCCGAGAAGGAGAAGACCGAAGCUGCUGCUAAGGCUGAGGCCUCUGCUAAGGAGGCUGCUGAUGCUGUCGCCAAGGCUGAUGCCGCCGAAAAGGAGGCCGCUGAGGCCAAGGAGAAGGUCGAGGCUGCCGAGAAGGAGAAGGCUGGUGCCAUUGCCAAGGUAGAGGCUGCUGAGAAGCAGGCCUCCGAGGCGACGGAGAAGGCUGAAGCUCUGGAGAAGGAGAAGGCCGACGCUCUUGCCAAGGCUGAGGCUUCCGAUAAGGAGGCUGCUGAAGCGGCAGAGAAGGUCAAGGCUCUGGAGGCUGAGAAGACCUCUGCGGCGGAGAAGGCCACUGCCCUCGAGAAGGAAAAGACUGAUGCCGAGGAGAAGACCAAGGCUGCUCAGUCUGCCUUCUCCAGCGCCCUUGAGAAGGUCAAGGCCAUCCAGGCUGAGAAGAAGGAGGCCGUGGAGAAGAGCGAGGCGUCCGCUAAGGAGACUGCCGAGGCUCUCGAGAAGAUCAAGGCCUUGGAGGCGGAGCUCAAGGAGCUCAAGGAGAAGCAGACCAACGGAACGGCCGAGGCAUGA